UCACCCUUCCCAAGCCGCCCGCCCACCAGCGGUCCAGCAUACCACCACUCUCACCACCGCCACCACCCUUAUGGUUAUUAAACUCAUUUUCCGUCCUAAUUCUCUCCCCUUCUCCUUCCUCUCUUUUCCUCCCCGUCUCUUCUCCAGACCCCUAAACUUCUCCCUUCUAUCCACCUCCACCACCACUGCCGUCGCGGCCGUUUCCUCUACCCUACCUUACGGCCCCUCCCUCAGAAAAGGCUACAGUCCAUCCCCAUUUCCUCCAACUUUACAUCAAUGCCCCUCAUCUGAACAGGAAAGUGACUCCAAUUUAUUCGACGAAGAUAGCUUCACUCGAGUUUUCGACCUCGCCGCCCUUCGCGUACCUUCAGAGCUCUGUUUUGGGCUCGAAAACCGCCUUCGUGGCCACCUCCUUAACUGGCCUAGGGUUCGGAACAUUGCCAGAGUCCCCGGAGAUGAAAUUGAUGCUGAGCUAAAGAAAUUGUUCGCUGAUUGUUCAAGUUCUAAUAAUUUAAAUACCGAUAAUGAUGCUUUAGUGACUUUGAAUAGGAGAAUUUACGGAAAAGCUGACGGGGAUGGGGAGCUAUUGAGUCCUGUGUUGUAUAGGGAUAAGUUGGCUAGGACGUUUAAUUCAAGGGGAUUUGUGAACUUUAGGAAUUUAGCAAAAAUUUCGAGGCCAAAGAAGGUCAAGAAGAAGGAGGAGGAGAGAAAGGAAAAGGGAAAGAAAGGUGGAGUUGGGAGGAAUGAGAUGGCUGUUGUGGCGGUGGUGGAAGAGGAGGAGAGUGAUGUUAGUGGCUUGUUAGGUGAUGAGUUUAAGGGAAAAAGUUGGAGGGGUUCGACCAGGUUGCUGCUUUUGGAUGAAACUUAUGCAAAUAAAGGGAUUAAUGAGAUGCCUGAGGCCAUUAAGGCUGUUCUGAAAGAAUAUGUUGGGGACAAGGGGGACUCAACCUUUGAACUUGUCAAAUGCAAGUUGACGUUGUUUUAUAGUUACUGGCAGAUGAAUGAGGUCUUAGAAGCAUUGCUGCCGAAUGGCAUGAUUAUUCCUUCUGCCUUUGAGACUGUUGGGCAUAUUGCACAUCUGAAUCUGAGAGAUGAGCAUCUUCCUUACAAAAAAAUUGUUGCCAAGGUGGUUUUAGACAAAAACAAGCCAAAGAUACAGACAGUUGUCAAUAAAACUGAUAUCAUUCACAACGAUUAUAGGACAAUGCAGCUUGAAGUUUUAGCUGGAAACCACUCUCUCGUGACCACUGUAGUUGAAAAUGGACUGCGAUUUCAUGUUGAUCUAGCCACAGUAUACUGGAAUUCAAGGCUUUCAACUGAAAGGCAGAGGCUUCUGAAUUACUUUACACGUGAUGAUGUUAUCUGUGAUGUUUUUGCUGGGGUGGGCCCAAUAGCUUUAGCUGCUGCAAGGAAAGUAAAGCAUGUAUAUGCUAACGAUUUGAAUCCUUAUGCUGUUGAUUAUUUGGAGAGAAAUUCUGUCCUUAACAAACUUGAGAGGAAGAUUGAGGUUUUCAACAUGGAUGGAAGGAGGUUCAUUGACACUAUUUUUGCAAGCCAUAAAACUCGACCAGUGACACAAGUAGUCAUGAAUUUGCCAAAUGAUGCGACAGAGUUUCUUGAUGCAUUCAGGGGAUUAUUCAGAAAACAUCAUAAGGAUAGAGGGUAUACCUUACCCAGAAUUCAUGUGUAUGGGUUUUCAAAAGCUCAGGAUCCAGAGUUUGACUUCCAUGAGCGCAUUAGGAUUGCUCUGUCUGAGGUGGCUUUUGAUGUGGAGAUGCACAGAGUUCGCAUUGUUGCACCUGGAAAAUGGAUGCUGUGUGCAUCAUUCACUCUGCCCGAGCGUGUAGCAUAUUCAAAAACAGUAUCAAUUUUGUAAUUUUGUAAGUUGGUGAGCUUCUUACUCUGUAAAUGAAAUUGUACCCAUAACUUGAAAAUAGAUGAAUUUUUUCUUUUGCCUCAUGA